GAGCAAAGAUUGCUCUGUAUAGGUUAUCAGGAGGUGACGCUCCAGCAAGUUACUACUUUUUAGGCAGUUCCUAUAGGCAGCCUUAUUUUUAUUUUCUUCUAAUAAUAAGUUUUUGAAAUCUUUGGUGUGAAAUCCUUCCGUCCCUCUCCCCGCAGUAAGGAAAACAGAAAUAGACGGCGAGUUGCUGGAAAACUCAAACUUCACCAAUGCCUGAAGGAUGCAGUACUGGGCCAGGAGGCUGGAGCAGGAGAUUGAUGGAGUGAUGAGACUAUUCGGUGGUGUCCAGCAGCUCAGAGGGAUCUACAAUGACAACAGGAACCUGUUCGAGGUCAAGGAGAACGUCCCCAAUAAAUUAGUGGAGAAAGUGUCGGGAGACAUUGAGAGCCUGUUGGCGAAGAAAGUCCGGGCUUUAAAGAGACUCGCUGGUGCGGCUGAGAAGUUCCAGAAAGCCCACCGCUGGCAGGACAACAUCAGGGAGGAGGAUAUUGAAUACUACGACUCCAAGGCAGACACGGAAUAUGACGAUACAGAGGGAGAAGAGAUUGAAAGGGAGAAGUCCAACUCCUUGAAGCUGGAGUUUACCGAAGAUGUUAACUUCAAAACCAAGGUUAACUAUUCGUAUGCCGCCGUGCAGAUCCCUACGGACAUCUACAAAGGCUCCACCGUGAUCCUCAAUGAGCUGAACUGGACUGAAGCCCUGGAGGACGUGUUUAUCGAGAACCGGAAGGAAGACCCAUCUCUGCUGUGGCAGGUCUUUGGCAGCGCCACUGGCGUGACUCGCUACUACCCAGCCACCCCAUGGAGAGCGCCCAAUAAGAUCGACUUGUAUGACGUCCGCAGGAGGCCUUGGUAUAUCCAAGGGGCCUCCUCUCCGAAGGACAUGGUGAUCAUCGUGGACGUGAGCGGCAGCGUCAGUGGUCUCACCCUGAAGCUGAUGAAGACAUCAGUCUGCGAGAUGCUGGACACCCUUUCCGAUGAUGACUACGUCAACGUGGCUUCAUUUAACGAGAAGGCAAAACCUGUAUCCUGCUUCAAGCACCUGGUCCAGGCCAACAUCCGUAACAAGAAGGUCUUCAAGGAAGACGUGCAGGAGAUGGUGGCCAAGGGGACAACUGACUACAAAGCCGGAUUUGAGUACGCCUUUGACCAGCUGCAAAAUUCCAACAUCACACGAGCCAACUGCAAUAAGAUGAUCAUGAUGUUCACCGAUGGCGGGGAAGACCGGGUCCAGGAUGUGUUUGAGAAGUACAACUGGCCCAAUAAAACGGUGCGAGUGUUCACCUUCUCAGUGGGACAGCACAACUACGAUGUGACCCCCCUGCAGUGGAUGGCUUGUGCCAACAAAGGUUACUACUUCGAAAUUCCCUCCAUUGGGGCCAUCCGAAUCAACACACAGGAGUACCUGGAUGUGCUGGGAAGACCCAUGGUCCUAGCAGGAAACAAAGCAAAACAGGUUCAAUGGACCAAUGUCUAUCAGGAUGCUCUGGGCCUGGGCUUGAUGGUGACUGGCACCCUGCCAGUGUUUAACCUCACAGAGGAUGGUGGCAGCAACAGAAAGAACCAGCUCAUCCUGGGUGUGAUGGGAAUCGACGUGGCUCUCAAUGACAUCAAGAAGCUGACGCCGCGCUACAACCUAGGGGCUAACGGCUACAUCUUCGCCAUUGAUCUGAAUGGAUACGUCCUGCUGCAUCCAAACCUGCAACCCCAGAUCAUCAAUUUCCGAGAGCCCGUGACCCUGGACUUUCUGGAUGCUGAGCUGGAGGAUGAGAACAAGGAGGAGAUCCGGAGAAGUAUGAUUGAUGGCAGCGAAGGGCAGAGAGUCAUCAAGACCCUGAUCAAAUCCCUGGAUGAGAGAUACAUCGAUGAAGUCGUCAGGACCUACACCUGGGCCCCUAUCAAAAGCACCAAUUACAGCCUGGGGCUAGCCUUGCCACCUUAUAGCACAUACUACAUCCGAGCAAACCUCAGCGACCAGAUUCUCCAAGUGAAGUUACCAAACAUCAAAAUGAAGGAUUUUGAAUUCCUGCUGCCAAACAGCUUUGAGUCCGAGGGACAUGUAUUCAUUGCUCCCAGAGAAUAUUGCAAAGACCUUGACCUGUCGGAUAACAACACAGAAUUCCUGGAAAACUUUAUCGCCCUCAUGGAAAAGGUGACCCCAGACUCCAAACAGUGUGACAACUUCCUCCUUCACAACCUGAUCCUGGACACAGGAAUCACCCAGCAGCUGGUGGAGAGAGUGUGGAAGGAUCAGGACCUCAACACGUACAGUCUCCUGGCUGUGUUUGCUGCCACGGAUGGUGGCAUCACCCGAGUUUUCCCUAACAAAGCUGCCGACGACUGGGAAGAGGACCCGGAGCCCUUCAAUGCUAGUUUCUAUCGUCGCAGCCUGGACAACAAGGGGUAUAUCUUCAAACCGCCCUACCCCAGCUACAGAGGGCUGGAGCUCGAAAACAACACCAUUGGGAUCCUGGUCAGCACGGCCGUGGAACUCAGCAUUGGCGGGAGGACCCUGAAGCCAGCAGUGAUUGGAGUGAAGCUCGACCUGGAAGCUUGGGCUGAAAAGUUUAAAGUCCUGGCAAGUAAUCGGACAGACCGGGAUCAAAUGGGAACUCGCAGGUGCGACCCCUCCACAAGCUGCGAGAUGGACUGUGAGGCCAACAACAAGGACCUCAUUUGCGUUCUCAUCGAUGAUGGAGGCUUUCUGGUGCUCUCCAACCAGGAAGACCAUUGGUACCAGGUGGGAAAGUUUUUCAGCGAGGUGGACGCUAAUUUGAUGUCUGCCCUCUACAACAACUCCUUCUUCGCGCGGAAGGAGUCCUAUGACUUCCAGUCGGUGUGCACCCCAGAAGCUCAGAGCAACACGGGAGCUGCCCCCAGAGGGGUGUUUGUGCCCACCAUGGCAGAUUUCCUGAACCUGGCUUGGUGGACAUCAGCUGCCGCGUGGUCUUUGUUCCAGCAGCUCUUGUACGGCCUCACCUACAGCAGCUGGUUUCAAACAGAGGAUGUCACAGCAGACAGCAUGGAGUCCAGAGAGACCAGCUGCAUCAUGAAGCAGACGCAGUACUACUUCAGCACCGUCAACGCCACUUAUAAUGCUAUAAUCGACUGUGGAAACUGCUCAAGGCUGUUCCACGCACAGAAGCUCGCCAACACCAACCUGCUGUUUGUCGUAGCGGAUAAGCCGAUGUGCAGCCAGUGUGAGUCCACCAAGCUCCCUCAGGCGGAGAUACGAGCUCCGCCGAGAGAUCCAAAUCAGUGUGAGCUGGUAGACAAGCCCCGGUACCGGAAAGGCCCCCACAUCUGCUUCGACUACAAUGCAACGGAAGAUACCUCAGACUGCGGCAGAGGGGCCUCCUUCAAACCCUCCCUCAGCAUCUUGUUAGCCCUGCAGCUGCUGCUCCUCUACUUGACUGCCAGCCACCAGCCUCUGUCCUCGGCAUCUUGCCUUUAAAACAUCCAUCUGGUCCAACCCAUCCAUUUUUCUUUUGUUUAAAACUCCAUCUCCAUCCUCUCCAGGCGUGUUGGAAAAGAGCAACUUCUUCUCGUCCCAUCCGCUCUGGUUACACCUUGGCUGUGGCUCAUGAGGACCUCCUCUCACUCCACUCAGGAGCCUGGAAUAUCUUUUUCUUUUUCCUUUUGCUUUUUUUUGCAUUCUCUCCAACCUGGCCUUGCCUUUCUAGUGUCUCUGUGCAGCAGGUUGGCAAGAACUGAGCUUGAACAAGACUUGAGGAAUCACAACCCAUUUGAGGCUUCUGUUCUUCAGACAGUGAGCGUCCUUGAGCUCUUGACUCCUUGACCCUGUCCUCUCCCUGCCAUUGAGCUUUUGGCCAAAUACGAAGAACAGUGACCUGAUUUUUUGGUUUGGUUUUCUUUUCUUUUUUUUUUCUCUUUUCCCUCGUGAAACCUGUGGAAUUUUGGGAGGUUUUGUAGUUUCCAUUGAGAGAUGUCUUACCAUUUUGCUGUCUUAAAGUAUUUAACCAACACUGAUGCCGGAUUGCUCUUGUGUUUGAGAUAAUCUGCCCUCCCGCCCUGCCCAUCCAAGUGAAAACGCAAAA